AUGGACGACCAGGCGACAGCCAAGAACCUCAACGCUGUGUCGUCCAUUGUGCGACGUGACUUUUCACGUAUGCCGCUCAAGCUGGAUCACAAUAGCAGGCCACUUUGGAUCUCGCCGGACGACGGGCACAUCAUUCUCGAAGGAUUUAAUGCCCUCGCCGAGCAGGCGCAGGAUUUCCUGAUCGCCAUUGCCGAGCCUGUGAGCCGCCCGAGCUUUGUGCAUGAAUACAAGCUCACACCAUACUCUCUUUACGCGGCUGUCUCUGUGGGCUUAGAACCUGACGACAUUAUCGAAGUCCUAAAUCGGCUCUCCAAGGUCCCCGUCCCGAAAUCCGUCCUGGAUUUCAUUCGUGAAUAUACCAUGAGUUUCGGCAAGAUCAAGCUAGUACUGAAACAAAACAAGUACUUUGUCGAGAGCUCACACCCUGAUAUCCUGCAAAUGCUCCUCCGUGAUCCUGUAAUUGGCGAGGCACGCAUUCGUCCGACUUCGACGACUUCCGCCACCGCCACCGCCUCGACACAGCCACCACCACCGCCCAACACCGCGGCGCCGGCGGCACAGACAGCCGAUGCACCGAACGCUCCGACGGACCAGGAGCAGGACCUGUUUAGCGCCGUGAUCGGCGUGUACGAUGCUGACGAAUUGGACGAAGACGAUGCCGUCCACAGCUUCGAGAUCCGUGAAGAGCAUAUCGAGACUGUGAAACGUCGAUGCAAUGACCUCGGGUUUCCCAUGCUCGAAGAAUACGAUUUUCGCAACGAUCGGCUGAACCCAGACUUGGAUAUUGACCUGAAGCCCAUCACGCAUAUCCGGCCGUACCAGGAAAAGAGCCUGGCCAAAAUGUUCGGUAACAGCCGUGCGCGCAGUGGCAUUAUCGUGCUCCCUUGUGGGGCAGGGAAAACACUGGUCGGAAUUACCGCCGCAUGUACCAUUAAAAAGAGCUGCCUUGUGCUGUGUACGAGUAGCGUCAGCGUGAUGCAAUGGCGGCAGCAGUUUCUUCAGUGGAGCAAUGUGCAAGAAUCGCAAAUCAGUGUAUUUACCUCCGACGAGAAGCAGAAGUUUACCGGCGCCGCAGGCAUUGUCGUGUCAACGUACUCUAUGGUGGCCAAUACAGGCAAACGAUCUCAUACCUCCCAAAAGAUGAUGAACUUUUUGGAAAGUCGCGAAUGGGGUUUUAUUCUGCUGGACGAAGUGCAUGUCGUGCCCGCCUCCAUGUUCCGUCGUGUGCUCACAAAGAUCAAGGCUCACGCCAAACUAGGUCUCACGGCAACAUUGGUCCGUGAAGACGAAAAGAUCGAUGAGCUGAAUUUCCUGGUCGGGCCAAAACUGUACGAAGCCAACUGGAUGGACUUGGCCGCGAAAGGCCAUAUUGCGACCGUGCAAUGUGCUGAGGUUUGGUGCCCCAUGACCGCUGAAUUUUACCGGGAGUACCUGCGCGAACGCAGCCGGAAGAAGAUGCUGCUUUAUUGUAUGAAUCCGACCAAGUUCCAAGCUGCGCAGUACCUCAUUCAAUAUCACGAGAACCGCGGCGACAAAAUCAUCGUGUUCUCUGACAAUGUCUAUGCGUUAGAGGCAUAUGCGAUCAAGCUAGGUAAGCCUUAUAUCCAUGGAGGCACGCCCCAAAUUGAGCGCAUGCGUAUCCUGCAAAACUUCCAGCACAAUCCCAUCGUCAAUACCAUCUUCCUGUCCAAAGUAGGCGACACAUCCAUUGACCUGCCUGAAGCAACGUGCUUGAUCCAGAUCUCGUCUCACUUUGGAUCACGUCGUCAGGAAGCCCAACGAUUGGGCCGCAUUCUUCGAGCGAAACGUCGCAACGACGAAGGCUUCAACGCAUUUUUCUACAGUCUCGUGAGCAAGGACACCGCUGAAAUGUACUACUCGACGAAGCGCCAACAAUUCCUAAUCGACCAAGGUUACGCUUUCCGCGUCAUUAUGAACCUGGUGGGCCAAAAAGAGAUGCCUGGCUUGGUCUAUUCUACCAAAUCGGAGCAGAUUGAGCUACUUCAAAGUGUUCUCAUUGCGAGUGAGAGCGCCGCAGAAUUUGGUACGGAUGUCAAGUUUAGUGACACGACGUCGAAAGCAACGCCCAGUGCAAAACGUAUGAUGGGCAGUCUGAACGCACUUGGUGGUGCUCAGCACAUGUCCUACGUGGAACGGAAUCGAUCUAUGAACAAAACGUUGGCACACGACCAACCGCGUCACAAAGCCUUCCAGAAGCGCGCCGCGUCUGCCAAAAAGAAGUCGUAG